AUGGGAAGAAGAGAUGAAGGAGUCAAGAUUCCAAUGCUGGUCAAAGAACACUACUUUCUUUGGAAAGUAAAAAUGAGGAUGCAUCUUCUCUCCUUAGAUCAUAGCUACAUCAACUGUAUCGAGAAAGGACGACAUGUUCCAGUCAAAAUCAAUACUGCCCUGAGACUUGAUGGAAGUGAAGCAGAAGAUGUUGAAGUGCCUAAAAAUCCUUCUGAGUUUACUGAAGAAGAUGAGAAUGAAGUGCACAAGGAUAACAAGGCUAUGAACAUUCUUUUUAAUGGUAUUGAUGAUGAUAUGUUUGAUAGUGUUAUCAACUGCCCUACUGCAAAAGAAGUAUGGGACACUAUUCAAACUUUAUGUGAAGGCACUGAUCAAGUUAGGGAAAACAAGAUAUUUCAGAAACUAUUAAAUGGAUUAAAGUUGUAUGGUAGAAUCUAUAUGGUCAAGGACUCAAAUCUCAAAUUCUUGAGAGCCUUGCCUAGAGAUUGGAAACCUAUGACUGUUGCUUUGAGACAAGCUCAGAAUUUUAAUGAAUACUCUCUUGACAAACUCUAUGGUAUUCUUAAGACUUAUGAGCUUGAAAUACAGCAGGAUGAAGAACUGGAAAAGAACCCCAAGAGGGAGAAAACUGUGGCUCUUGUAGCAGAAAAGGAAGAGGAAGAGGAGAAGGCAUUAAAAUCUGUGAUUGCUGGAAAGGCCUCAAGCAGCUCUGCUUGCGAAGGAAAGAAGGAUGAUGGAAAGAAGAAAGCAAAAAUCAUUGAAGAAGAUGAAGAAUCUUCAGCUCAAGAUGAGCUAGAUGACCUUGAUGAACAUCUAGCAUUUCUUGCCAGAAAAUUCUCCAAGCUCAAGUUCAAACGAAACGUUGUCAGCUCCAGACCAUUCAACAGAGGAAAUCAAUCCAAACCAUCUGGUAUGAUUGAUAGAUCAAAAUUCAAGUGUUUCAAUUGUGGUCUACCUGGACACUUCUCUAAUGAGUGCAGAAGACCUUCUUCUGAAAAGAAAGGAUCUUCCUCAGAAAAUGUGGAUUACAGAAGAAAGUAUUUUGAUCUACUCAAGCAAAGCAAGGAGAAGGCACUCAUAACUGAGGAUGGUGACUGGGCUGCUGAUGAAGGAGAUUCUGACAAUGAGGAACAUGUCAACCUUGCCUUGAUGGCAAUUGGAGAUGAAGCUGAUUCUUCCACCACCAGCAAUGGACAGGUAAAAACCACCAACACAUCUGAUCUCUCUAAGUCUGAAUGCAAACAAAUCAUUGAUGACAUGUCUAAUGAAAUCUAUAAUCUUAGAGUCUCUCUUAAAUCUCUAACAAAAGAAAAUAUUAGAAUUAAAGGGACUAAUAAUUUGCUUACUGAAAGAAAUGAAAAGCUUGAAACUGAAUUAAUCCAAAUGGAUAAAAUCAAAAAGUCUUCUGAGCUUGCCAAAGAUGAGUUGCUGGUUGUUCUGAAAAGAGAAGAAAUUCUCAAAAAGCAACUGGAAAGGGAACAAGAGAUAAUUGCUAAAUGGAAAGAUUCUAGGAAUGUUCUUGAAAACUUGUGCUCUACACAAGAGAUAUUAAUGGAUAGUGAUCAUCCAUUAAUAUAUACUCAAUCAACGGAUGAAAGCUAUCCAUUGAAGAAUCAAAAAGCAUUUGAUGACAACAAACUCAAGAAGUUGGAUAAGAAGUAUGGGCCCAUCAAUAAAAUUUUUGUGAAGGAAUCUGUUAGUUCCAAGAAAAUUGAAAGGGAAGGAAUUGGUCACAGUGAAGUUAAAAUGGAAGCUGGAAAAGGAAAGAAGAAGAGCUCUAGGAAUGACAAAGUUGGGAUCAACAAAAAGAAUGAUUACACACCUGCCAAAAAUGCUGUUAGAAAAACUUGCUCUAAAUGUGGUAGUGUUAAUCAUCUUGCUGUUAACUGCAAAAAUGCUCUAUCUGAUCUUUUCAUGCCUAAUCCUAUGAUGAAUGCUCACAUGUCUUAUAUGCCUAUGUUUCCUCAUGCUCCCAUUCAAUAUGCUAAUAUGCCUUUCAUGCCUAAUCCAUUCUUUGGUGCAUUUAACAUGUCUGCUGUGUCCACUACGCCAUAUAUGGCUUUCAACAACAUCAAAAAAAUGAUGCAAUAA